AUGCACACCAGUACCACGCUGUUAACUGGGGGCUCAGGCUUCGUGGGGGCUACAGUCCUCGAUGAGCUUCUCGCCCAGAACCACAACGUUGUUCUGGCAGUCCGCUCACCCUCCUCCGCCGAGUUACUGCUCGCCAACAACCCUUCCUGGCCGGUCUCGAGGAUUACCGUCCACCCAGUCCCCGACUUCACCGUCCGCGGUGCCUUCGACUCUGUCUUCCAGACACACCCGGACAUAGAGUUCGUUGUCCACGUCGCAGCGCCCAUGGUCGAUAUCCCCGACGGCACCAGCUUUGAAGAGUCCUUCGAAAAACCCAACGUCUUGGGCAACCUGGGCUUACUGCAGAGUGCCAAGACGUACGGAAAGAAUGUGAAGGCCGUGAGUGUGACGGGUAGUCUCAAUGCAAUCACGCUCGGCAGCCAGGAAGAUAUCAAGAGCAGAGUAUUCGGGAAUGGGGAGUGGCUUCCCUUGGGCAGAGAAGACGCGGUGAAGGCGGAGAAUAAUUAUAUCUCGUACUGUGUUGGCAAAAAGCUCGCCGAGCAAGCGUUGUGGAAGUUCAUGGAAGAAGAGAAACCAUCCUUCACGGUGUCCAACUUUAUGCCGCCCUUGAUUUUCGGUCCAAUGUUGCAGCGGGUGGCUGGAGUAGAGAAGAUCAAUUUCAGCAAUGGCUUGAUUUAUGCCAUCAUGAACAGCAAGAAGAGCGAGAGCGGCAAGGUGCCGGCGACGGCGUUUCCAGGAUGUAUUGAUGUCCGCGAUCUCGCGAAAGUCCAAAUACUCGCACUCAGAAAUCCCGGGGCAGCUAACAGGCGGUUCGUAGUCGGACGCCCUAUGAUCUUCAAUCAAAUCGCCGAUACGCUGCGAAAGCAGUCUAUGUUGGAUAUUUCAGAUCGGAUUGGCGAGGACAAUGACGAGGCUUCGAAUUUGGCCCUCCCAAGGCUCGAUACGAAGGAUGCCGAUGAAGUGUUCCAGUUCGAGUGGACAGCUUUGGAAGUAACUGCGAGGGACACUGCGGCUGCUUUGCUGAAGAUCGAGGCGCUUGAGACCUGGACGGCUUGA